UCGAAGGUGGACGGAGGCGGCGGACGGACAGGCGCAAACAAAAAUCGCGGAGCAAAUAGCCAAGACGCAUGAUCAUUUCAGUUUCUAUCUGUCCCUAUCCUUUGUGAAGAAUUCAGUCAGUCAGCGAAUGAAUAUCGAUUAUAAAAUAGAACAUAAGAUCGCUAUCCUUUAAAAAUGAGGCAUAGAAUUUUAGUUAAUGUUUGAGUUAAGUGAGAAAAAUGUUAGGCGGGGUUGUGUUAUGUUUAUUGACUUUAUGGUUUUAUAGUGUUUCUGGUCAGGGGGAGUGCACAGACCUCCGCGGGCGGUUGAUAUCGCACGGGCUGCACUAUGUGCCCGGGCCCGACACUUGUACCCUCUGUGUCUGUGACAAUGGGCUGCCGAAAGUCUGCAAGGCGGUCCUAUGCUCCCCUCCACAGGACUGCCGGUCAUUCCGCGUGGGCAACACCUGCUGCGAGUUCAUCUGUUUGGACGACGUGGUGAAGCCGGCGGAAGGCGCCGAGGCGAACGUGCGCGUGGCAGCGGGCGGGGCCGCGGCCGUGGUCCUACUUACCGUCGCGCUGGUAGUCUACCGCGUGCGCAAGCAGAAGAGACGGCGGCCGCCUCAUACCGAUGACCAGCGGAGCUUGACUAGUAUCGGAUACAUCAGCGGCAGUAUGGGCUACAUGGGCGGCACGUGCGAGACCGCGCUGGCGGCGUGGAAGCCCCCGGGCAACUAUCUGCCGCGGGGCGAAGCACCCCCGCCUUACGACGAGGCGUGCCGGCAGGAGGCCACCAGCCGAGCAGUGAACGAGCCAACGUUCCACCGCACGUACCCCGCCACGGUGGAGACCCUCGCGCGUCCGGACGACCCCAUGCAGUGCUCCGGACACAGCUAUGCCAACAUCCCCCGCCCGAUGCAGCAGAUGGCGAACCCGCAGGGUUGCUACAACGCGCCGCUGCUGCAGCCGGUACACCCGCCGGAGCCGCGCGAACCCAGCUCUAUGCCGCACCAUCCCCUCGCUGCCAACAUGGUGGGGUUCCCGAGCGCGGUCCGUCUGACGGGCUCGCUGGGCGCCAUCAGCCACCGCGCGCUGUCCGUGCUGCAGCGCGAGCCGGAGCCCGAGCGGCCGCACAACGUGCCCGGCUUCUACACCAACACUGCCUCCAUGCACACCUCGCUCCACCGCACGAUCCCGCGCAUCUCAACGGCCAUCGACACGACGUUGCUCGACACAGCAAUGUCGGGCUUUAGCCGCACCGACCGCACGCUCCACGGCGAGAUACGGCGCUCGUUCCAUAAGCCCAGCGACGCGCGCCACCUCGCGGACACGGGCCGCAGCAUGCCGCGCAACCUCAACAUCGUCACCGCCGCCGACACGUGUAACAUCCGCGUGAGUGCAUCAGGCGUAAGCUCGGGUGGCGGGCGCGAGGAGCCGGAAGGCAGCGAUACACCAGCGCCGGCACCACCACAAACUCAGCCCGCAACACAACAUGCAUCGCAGCACGCGUCACAACACGCAUCGCACGCAACACAGCACGCAUCGCACGCGACACAACACGCGCCGCACCCCACUCCGCGUGCACACGUGGCGGCGCCGCCCCCCGCCGCACCCGCUGCGCAGAUCCUACCGCUUACUGUUGAUAAGCCAUCGUGCGUGUGUAGCUACGAGGGCUCGAGUGCUAGCGGCGCGGGCGGUGAAGACGCUGACGACUAUCGCAGCGAAUGUGAGAACUGCAAGGCUACCAGCAACUCUAGGUGGGCCGUGGAGGCGGGCUGGCGCGGUGCCGAGGAGGCGGGCACGCAGACGCUGCAGCGCCGCGCGCCGCCGCCCGCGCCCCCUCCGCCCGCCACCGCCACGUUGCCGCAGCCCGUCACCAAGCAGGCUCGCACGAUUAUGGGCCCGCCAUCGAACUGGGAGAAUUGGUUCAAUACCAUCCCCGACUCUGACACCGAAUCUGAAGAGGAGUAGUCACGUUCUCAACUAUCGUAAGCAGUAUUUAUUCAGUUACGUUCGUGUUGCCAGAGAGAUAAGUACGAGUAUUGCACUUCGUGGCUGAGAUCAUCUGUUUUCUUGUGCUAUCUGUCAGUUAUAUACGAAUACUUAAUGUACCCGGGUGUUUAUAUCCUUUGAAGUUGAGGCCUAUGUCUUUACUGUGUUAUUGAUUCAGAACAAUAUUGGAAUCGGGACUUCUUAAGCCAGAAACAUCUUUGUUUUCCUCACCAUAAAGUAGGUUCAUGUAAACUUUGUAACUUACUUUUAUUGCGCUAAAACCGAAGUGCAAUAAAGUUUUCACAUCCUCAUUAUAAAGUUUAGCGCAUAGAAAUAGAUGAGAUCAGUCGAAUCGACAUCUGACAGAGAAAAUCGUACUCUCUAUUAGAAGUAAUUAAUUAUCCUCUAAAAUGUGUUCUAUGAAAUGUUGGAACAGACAGUAUUUUGCUUGAAUUGUAUUCAUGUACCCACCUAUUUUCUGUCUUUUUCAAUUAUCUGUAUUAUUCUGUACAAUGUUUUGCGUGAUUGUGCUAAAUGUCUCUUAAAGUAAGACGUAUCUAUGUAAGCUGAGAGUUCAUCUAAAUUAUCUUAUGAAAUAACAGCUAGAAGAGUCUAGGAAUUUACCAGAAGCGAUCGAGUGAGUUUAAUGCGAACCGUGUGACUUUCAUUCUUAUGACUUUGCCAUAAAGUUGUUUAUGGCUGGCGCUAGUUGAUACUGCUAAGUUUGUAGUCUUCUUUUUACCUUUAAGGGACGUUUUUCUUUAUAACGGUCUUAGUUGUAAGAUAAGAAGCAGUUACAAACCAUUGCGAAACAACUUUUUAAAAUGGUAAGAGAGACACAGAACAUUCCAGUUUUCGAUUUUGAACCGCGUGAUAUUUUGAAACAUACAUCACAAAUGAUAUUAUAAUUAAGCACAAUUAUUUUUUUAUUGCACAUUAAAUGUGUUCUGUAAUUGUUAUAUUUAUAGUUUAUAAUUUUAUACUUAUUUAACAGACAAGUUGCGCUCUAUUGAGUUUAUUUAUGCAUUAUGUACCAAAGAAUAAGUUCGUUACUUUGUAUGUUGAUUUUUCGCUUUUUUAUAUUUAUAUAUUGAUUUAUUUCAGUUAAGUCGAAAUUAACGUUAUUGUCUGAAAACACAAAAACAAAAAAAAUAGUUUAACGAGUAAUUUAAUUAAUUAUAGAUAGUAGGUUAAUGAAAUCAGAUUUUAAUAUAAUGUUAAAAAUGAUAUUGCUGUCUUUGGUGAUAUUUAUAAAAUUGGUGUUAAAUUUAUCCUGUUCAGAUAUCAAAGCUCUCUAGUUUGAAUAAAUUGUCAUUCUUAGAUUGUAAAUAGAACGGUGCCAAAUCGGGAACUAAAUACAAGGAACUUUCGAAAAGGCGAUCGAAUUCUAUUUUUAGAUUAGAUAGGUUACUGUGUAUUUAAAAAUAAAUAGUAUUUACUGAGAAGAAGUGAAAGCUGGCAACGAUGUUAAAGAUGUAGCGAAAAUGUGGAGAACUACACCCACUUCAAUUACGUAGAAUGAAUGAAAACGGAAUGGUAUGAAUUUGGUUAUAAAAUUGAGAGAGACUUAGGUAUGCUUUGUUCAUACGUGCCGAGUAAAACUGCGAGACAGUGCACUAGCCCGAAUCGACACCUGACACGCGUGCUAAGUGCUAAUUACACAGAAAGGUCGAUUGUUCUUAGACAAGCGAAUACUUGGCCGAGUGCACCAUCUAACCGGUUUACAUAGCACAAGUGAACUAGAUGUUAUUGGAAAAUCCUAAAACAUUUUAGGUCUCGCGUUCAACGGCACGAUAGACAUGAUAGCUUCAGAAAAGGUAUCAAGGUUCAAUCGAGUACAAGAAGAUCGCCAAAGUUGAAGCUCAAAAUAAAUAUUUUUAAAUAGUGUAGCGCCAGGAUUUCAAUAAAGCAUUUGAAUAUUGUAGAUAUGAUAAUCUAUUUUUGUCUAAAAUAUAAAUGAAUAAAGUACUCGUGUUGAUAUGGUAGUUGCGACAGUGCAAGUUUUUAAUGUCUACUGAUCAAGGGGGUUUUUUGACAAUAUUUGAUACGAGGACUAAAAUGAAUCUCUCAAAUCACCAUUUGCGUUCGGAGACCAUUAUGAUAAGUUAGCACGCGUUAAGCGUCUGGAUAUUUUUUAAGUGAUAUGUAUUCGUUAAACUUUUAUUCUUCAAAUCGGAAGGUUGUAAUCUUUGCUAUCUGGACAAUUAUUUAUCAUUUUAAAUUCCCUUAAGUAGUAGGCCACAAAAAACUUGCAGUGACGCAAUGAUUUAAAAUUAUAGAAAAUAAAGUACAGAACGUUUCUGAAUUCCGUCAAAGACGAAAAUAUUACGUAGAAGAACUUGUUCGUUCCUUAUCAUCGUUGAAAUUCGUUCCCUCGGACAGUUCCGGAUGAAAUAGCAUAUAAUAGUCUGAAUUUCAGGGUUGUAAUGUAUUACGUGUAAAUGUAAAAGUAGAAACACCUUGCUAUCACGCUAUGGCACGCGACGGAUGGUCACUUUACUCGGCAAUUUAAUAAUGUUUAAAUACGAAAAUAAUGCUGGUAUAUACGUCUUAUAGCCUCCUAUACAUUAUUACGUGUGAAUCCAUGGAAACGUCAAGACCUGUCGAAAAACCGCAUAGGUACUCUCCAUUCUUGAGAAAAUAAUGACUAAUGUUGCCUAAUGAUUAGGAGGAUUAAAUUUAAUACUAAAAUUGCUCAGAUUCGCGUCAUGUGUCGUUGUGUUUUGGUGAGAUGUCGUGAGUUGUAGUGUUAACAGUGUUUAUCAAGGCGCGUUGCGGACGUAUUGACCCAUUCACAAGUAUAUAGUCGCCUUCCAGUGGAAACCACGUAAGCGCCUUUAUAAAAUAUCACGUUCUGAAGUUAUUUUCUUCAACAAAACCUUCAUUGAAUUACAUUCAUUCAUAAAAAAAAUAUGGUGUCAAUUUUUAUAUUGAAACUAUUGCGAGGUUUUGUAAAUAGAAAUCAGAUCCGAAUGUGAUUUUUCACAAAGAUGAUUGCGUGGUUUUUCGCUAAAAGGCGACGAUCUGCGUAAUGAAAUAAAAUGGUUGUAUGUAAGAAAAACAUGAAGUGUGUAGUAAGUAUUCAGUGGAUACGACAAUAUGUUCCGUUCCGCAAGUGUAGGUAUUUGUAUGAAUGAACGAAAUGUGUGUGGCCUAUCUUCAUUUACAUGCAAUUUUGAUUCCUUAUUGCACAAAUUAAUGAAAUCUUCUCAACUGUUUAAUGUUUAUCUUAUAAUACUUAAUUUCAUUUUAUUGUUGGAAAGUGCCGCUAAGAUGCUAAUGUCAACCAAAUAUUUAAUAAUGUUCGCUAGUCAAAAUUGUUAAAAUUUCACACAUAAUGUUGCAACAUUUUGAAAGUUAAUUUAACUAUGAAUUUGCUGUUUAACAUUUCUUAUAUUUCAACCUCCAUUUAUGGAUCGUUAUCAGUACGCUUUUAUUAUUGUUAAUAUUUUUAUUUAUAACAUUCCAAGUAUUUGCAGGUUACAGUUUUAUUGUAUGUUAAGGCAAAGCAAAGCUUCGACGAUACAACCUUUGGACUCCUAAUAAUAGAUCUGUCAACACAUCUGACAAAUGGUCAGAUAUAAGAUGCAGCGUACAAAGUUUGACCAAUCGCGGCCGCUUCCGUGACCUUCCGAUGUGUUUAACAUCUUGAGCCAAUUAGAACGAAGCGUCCCGCUUUUCAUACCCCCUUUCCUCAGCUAACUGUCAGAAUUGGGUAGUUUCCUAGGUCGAACAUAAAUUAUGAAACUCUGAUUACUAAAUAAAGACAGAUCUAAAGGUGACAAAAAACGUUUUCUUUUUUCUAUUAAAAUUAUUAAUGUAUUUUAAUAAAGAAAAAUGUAAUAAUAAGUACGACAUUUUGUCACGUUUUAGUAUGACGUCCCAGGUUGCUUUUUCAUACAAAUUCCGUAGUAAUUUCGGGUUUUGACGUUUAGUAAAAAGUAACUGAUUUGACUAGUUGGAAACUACCCUAUGAAUUUUGUACGAAACAUCAACAUUAGGCGUUUUUUUGGUUGUAUUGUCGAUGGUAUAAGGCGAAGUGACGUUGGUCUUGUGAUCCGCAAGUAGAGACGAGCAGUAUUAUGGACAUUUCCGAACCAAAUACAAAUACAUUAAAUUAAACGAAUUAAGGAAAUGUG